AAAGAGUCACGUGCCUCUACUCUCCAAAUGAUCCCUUCUUGUAACCCACUUCUCUUACUGAGCUCUCCCAUGAUUCACUCAGAGUGGGCGUAGGCACGAGCAUCAGCAGCAUCACUAAGUUUCAGCUCCUCCCUGCUGCAUGCUGGGAGGGAGAGACUGAAAGGAUCAGGGUCAGAUAAAUUCCAGACUGAAUGACGGUGGCACUGAGUGUAAAUGAGAGGACAAUCGGGUGCAUGAGUGUGUGAGAAGACAAAUUAGGCUGGGUGAUAGAGAGAGACUUGUGAGUCUGUCUGUAUGUGCAUGAGAGAGAGAGGCAAAGAUAAAUCCAGAGAGGACAGGAGUGUGUGUAAGGGAAAGAGGGACAAGAGGUAGAAGACAAGACACUCGGAAAAGGAGGGAACAUGGCUGAGCCGGAGCUGAAAUCGAGAAGCAGCCGGGAGAGUGUUGCUAAAGCAGGGAGCCAGGAGAAGAUGGAGACAACUGAAGCGGAGCCCAACCAAGAUGGACUCAUUGUGGAGCACCCAGCAUCCCCAUCGGACCCCAUGGUCUCUGCCCCUGCUGCCACAGACCCAACUAACAGCCCGCCUGGCAAGGGUGAAAAGAUCAAGCUCAAACGCAGCAUCACCCUCUUCAACGGUGUGGGGAUGAUCAUAGGCACCAUCAUCGGCUCGGGCAUCUUUGUGACUCCAACAGGUGUGGUCAAAGAGACCGGUUCUGCUGGCCUCUCCUUGAUCGUCUGGGCUGCCUGUGGAGUUGUUUCCACCAUGGGAGCCUUGUGCUAUGCCGAGCUGGGCACGACCAUAUCAAAGUCUGGAGGAGACUACACAUACAUCCUUGAAGUAUAUGGCGAACUUGCAGCCUUUCUGAAACUGUGGGUGGAGAUGCUAAUAAUUCGUCCAUCGUCCCAAUAUGUGGUCUCGCUGGUGUUUGCCACCUACCUUCUUAAACCCCUGUACCCAACUUGCCCUGUGCCAGACAGUGCCGCCAAGCUCAUCGCCUGCGUGUGUCUUACCUCCUUGACGUUUGUGAACUGCAUCAGUGUGAGAGCAGCCACCAAGGUCCAGGACUUGUUCACAGCAUCCAAAUUACUAGCUCUCAUCAUCAUCAUCCUCUUUGGCUUCAUCCAGAUAUUCACAGGUAAGCACCCUUGAACACAUGCUAUGUUCUUAAGAGGUUCAGAUGGUUAUUUGUCACCUCAGCGCUCUCUCACUUCUUCACUAAGCCUUUCAGUUUAAUGUCACUGCGCAACAAUUCAAAUUUAUAACUUGAUUUUAAAACAUGGGAAGUCAAGUUCAAGGAACUGAGUAAACUGGAAGAAUCCCUUGAUUAUAAAUUAAGCUUGUUAAUAUCAGUGGAUAAUUGUGAAUUACUUACUGGCUCUUAAUUGAGCAAGUUAUUAUUUUGCAUUGGAGUUGCCUAUAACUAACAAAAAAAUAAAAUAAAUAAAAUCAAUCAAACACAUAUUUUUAUCUAAAUAGGUCAAUC